AUGACGUAUGAUCCACCUAUCACAAAAUAUAGAAAGAAUAUAAAAAAGGUGGUAUAUGAUCAACCUAUUACUAAAGAUAAACAGAACAUCAUAGAAAAGAUAAAAUAUGACCAAGUACUACAAAAAGUUAUAAUUAAAUUCAUAGAUGAUAACUUUUUAAUGGAUAAAAAUUUAGUAUUUAAAAAAAGCCAAGCUACUA